GUUUAUAACGAAAAUUCCAAUUCAAAUAAAACGUUGGAGAUGAGUGAAUUAAAUUUAAAUAUGUAAACCGAAUGAUUUUUGCCCAGUAUUUUAUUAUUUAUCUCUUGUGAUAGUUGUUUAUUUAUACAAUUUUAUCCAUGAAUUCUCAUAAACACCAGUAAUAACAGACUUACAAAAUGUUGGAAAAGUGGAAGAAAAUCUUGUCUAACUGGAUAAAAUGCUAUUCUAUUAAUGAUAAUAAAAAAGUUCCUGUUAAUAUUGAUUCAUUACUUGACAUAAUUUGUUAUUUGCGGGAUAAUUUUAAUUUGAAUGAAUCAAAAUCUUCUCUGCUGGAAGCUCACACUUUGAAUGAGUUCAUUGUGGAAAAAUAUCCUGACUUUAUUUUCGAAAAUGGAACACCCGAGCCAGUUAAUGAAACAGAUAUACAUAUAGCUGCAUCCCUCUUACUAUUUUUUAUGUGUGUAAACUCAAAAGAUUUGGACCUGAAGAGUGCUAUGUGUAAAGAACUAAGUGUUGAGGAUCAAGAAGUAAUUUUGAAGUUCAGUAAGUGUUUGAUGGAGUGCCACAGUGUGACCUAUGCUGAUGUCUUGUCAGCUAUUAAAGAGGCUUGUGGCCAGGGUGAUGUUGACAACAAUCAACAGUUCGCUGUGCCCGAAACACCUCCUGCUGUUAGAGGACUACAUAAUGAAGUCCGUAAUUUAAAAGCUGCUCUGGACACUGAGAGAUUUGAUAAAAAUUAUAUACAGGAUGAACUCAACAGGACUAACUUGAAACUUGACAAAUUGAGCAAAGAAAAAGAAGAAUAUAAACUAGAGAUAGUCAAUCUUAAAGGGAGGAUAUCACUGUGUUGUGGAGAAAACAGGGAAUGCAAGGAGUCGGAAAGUUCCCAAACAAACUCUGAAAAACUUUUGAAACAAUUAGACACACGUGAAAAGGAGCUCUUGAAUAUUCAAGAACAGUAUGAAGAUCUGCGUGAUGAACGUGAUCUGUUAAAGGAUAAGCUCGAGGAAUCAAAACGUGAAUAUGAAAAAUCGAUUGCUCUUAGACAAGAAGAAGAAUCCAGAGUAAGUCAGCUGAUUCAAGAACUAGAAAUUGAACGAAAUAAUGCACAAGCAUUGAGAGAAUUGGUGGCAGAACUGCAGCAACACAACCGUCUCAACGGAUUGGACACAAGUCAGUUGGAAUGUGAUGAGCUUGAUGCUAGUAUACAUUUGCCUCAAAAUACAUCUGUUUGUAGUGAAGCUUGCGCCAAUGUAAUUGAAGUGCAAUUGGGAGAAGAAAGGGCGAAAAUUGUUGUCCUGAAUGAACAAAUUGGAGUGCUGCAGAGUCAAUUAAAUGAUAUAAAUAAAAUAUACAAUGACGAAAAGUUAUCAUUUGCUAGUAUGUUAUCAGACAAGGAAAAUGAGAUAAAAUCUCUAAGUGAUAAAAUUAAUUAUGAGGUUGAAGAGAAAAAUGCUUUAAAAUUGCAUUUUGAUAAUGAAAUUAAUAAGUUAAACAGUAAUUUAAGAGACCUAGAACAGAAGUUGCGAGAAAGUGAUGAAACAUCAGCACGGAUUAUUGAAGCGAAAAUACAAGACAUUCAAACCCUCCAAAAUGAAAAAUUAUCAUUGUUAGACAGCUUGGCAAAUGUCACAACUAAAUUGGAAAAUGUUAUUAAGGGUCUUAAUUUGGAAAUUGAAACUGAAAAAAGCUUAAAAAUGAAAAUGAGGGAAGAAUACGAAAAUAAAAUUAUGAAAUUAAAUGAGAAAGUACUAAACAGAAGCAAUGAGUUAAUCGAAUUUCAAAAUAAAAUAGAAGAAAAAGGGGAAAUUAUUGAAAAACUACAGCUUGAGCUUAGAAAUGAAAAACAUCUUAAAGAUGAAUUAUCUAAUAAAUAUAAUGAUGAAAUUUUGAAUUCUAAUAUUCAAAUAGCAGCUUUUGAUGAGAAUCUUCGGCAAAAAGUGGAGGAACUUAACUUUUUACAUAAACAAUUACAAGAUACCCUUUCCAUAAAUUCUAAUAUGAAGAAAGACACUGAAUAUUUGAACAGUUGUGUUGUUCAAUUGCAAGAUGAUAAAACUAAGAUUGAAGCAGAAAAUCGACAAUGCAUUUUUGAUAUUAAAAAUCGUGACAUUAAAAUUAAUCAAUUACAAAAUGAUCUCGAAAAUAGUGAGAGGUCCUUUAAGGAAAUGCAGAAUAAAUUGUCUUGUGAUCUAAAUGAAUCACAGGCUACAAUAGAAACUUUGAAGAGUCAAUUGCAAGAUGAAAUUGAAUAUAAGUUCAAUUUGCAAAUCCGAUUGUCUAAAAUAGAAAGUAUGUUGGUUGAAAAAGAUAACAGAAUAAGGGAAACGGAAUCAAGAAAUAAGGAAGUUAUAGAGAGAUUGGGUUACCAAAAUUCCAAAUUAGAGGAAAUAAACAAAGAGUUAUCAGCAAAUAAUGUAGAUUACGAUAACACCAUAAAAGAACAUAAACAAAAGAGUGAAAAAGACAUUGAAUCACUUAAUGACGAUAUUUCUAAUAAAAUUGAAGUGAUUAAAUCAAUAACUGAAAAACUUGAAAUUGAAAGGUCUCAGACUAGUAGUUUAAAGGAUUCCUUGAAGCAAGCUGAACAACAAAAUGGUCAAUUAUUAAGUGAGCUAAACAUUAAAAUCAAAGAGGUUGAAACUCUUGAAUUGAAGGUUCAAAAAUUAUCACAAACAAUCAACGACAAUAGUGAAGCAACAAAAUUAUUAGAAAGUAGUUUAAAAGAAAAAUCAACUAUGUUUGAUCAGUUAGCAAAAGACUUCAACACAGAGACGACAAGACUCGCAACAAAGCUUAAUGAAAAUGAUAAAAUAAUGGCAGAUCUUAAGUCUACAACUAAUUCUACCAUCGAAACACAUCAGGUGACAAUACAGACAUUACAAAUUGAAUGUAAGAGUUUGACAGAAGCUCUACAAAAUGCACAAGAAAAGCAAAGGGUAUAUGAAAAAGAAAAAGAAUUUCUAAAUAACCAAUUGAUUGAAGAAAAUUAUCUCCGAAGCAAAUUUGAAAAGGAAUACUUGAACAAAUGUUCACAAUUAAAUAACAUAACUUUGCAGUUAAACGAAGAAAUUUUAAGGUAUAAAGAUACAAUCUCAACUCUUUGUAACAAGAUUCGAGAGCUUGAAAGAGACAAUGAAGAGAAAGACAAUAAAAUUCAAGAAAUGGAGGUAGUUACUGCUGAAAUGCAUUCAAAGCAAAGUGAAAUUAUUAUCCAAAGAGAUGUAGAGUUGGAUAAAAAUAAAUCAACAUUUAAUAGAUUACAGCAAGAAAAUGAAGAGUUAAUAAUAAAAUUAGGGCAGAAUAUUUUACUUCAUGAGAACCUAAUGAAAAACAAAGAUAUAAUAAUAAAUAAUAUCGAAAGUAGAUUGCAUGGUGUUCUGAAAGAUAUUGAAACACAGAAACAUAAUUAUGAGACUUAUAAGAAUGAAUGUGAAAAGAAUAGUUCUCUUAAGGAUGAAGAACUAAUGGAAAAGCUUACAGAAAUAAAAACAUUAAAGGAUGUGAUUCUCGAAUUAGAAAAUUGUGUUACUGAAAAAGAUAAAAUUAUAACUUGUUUGAAUAUUGAAAACUCUAAAUACAAAGAAGAUUUAUUCAUACUCAAUACAGAAAUAAAUAGCUUAAGACAAAAAUUGGAAGAGAACAACCAUGGUUAUAUUGAAUUAAGAGAUUCUCUGGACUCAGAAAAGAUGGUAAAAGAUUCACUUGAAACUGAAAAGAAAAAUCUAUUACAGGAAAAUAAAAUUUUAUUGCAGAAAGCUAUUGAUGAUAAAACUCAAUAUGAAGUAUUAGAAAACGAAAGAGACUCUUUACUCAAUGAGAAAACUAUAUUGGUUCAAGAAUUAUUAGAAGAGAAAUCAGUUCGAAAAUUAAUAAACGACGAGAAAGAUAUGCUAGCGAGAGAAUUGACUACUUGCAAAUCUGUGUUUGAAGAAGAGAAAGCAAGUCUCAUGCAGCAAUUAAAAGAUCUAGAUUUUGAAAGAAUCGUAUUAGAAAAAGAAAAAUCUGAUUUUAAAGACGCAAAAUUGGAAUUUGAAGAAAAAUUGGCAACUGAAAUUUUAAGUAGAAUGCAGCUUGAUAAACAAAACAAUAAUCUCAUAAUGAACAAUAAAGACUUAUCCGAUCAACUAUUCAAACUAAAAGAAACUAGAAAUAAGUUGGAAUUAGAAGUUUUAGAUAAAAGUGAUGAGAUUGCGCAAUUAAACGAAAUGAAAGAAGUACUACUGAGUGAUAAGGCCACUCUGAAGCAUGAAAAUGAACUUCUCUUGCAAUCUUCAAAUGAAAUCAAAAUCGAAAUGGAUAAAAUGACAACUGAAAAAGUGUUUUUAACAAAUAAAUUAAGAGAAGCUGAUGAGAAAUAUUCACUUUAUUCCAUGAACACACAAGAUGAAAUCCAAAAUCUUGUAUUAGAGUUUAAUGAUCUAAAGUCUGAGUACAAAAAACUUCAAGAUACAAAUAAUAGUGUUGAAGUAAUAUUAAAUUCAGAGUUUACAAAUGCUAGUGAUAAAAUUAAGUCUUUAGAUAUUGAAGGUAUUCAGAAGGUUAUUGAUGUUGGAAGUAGUACAACUUCUGAGAAAUGUAAAUAUUUUGCAAGCGUUGUAGAUCUAUUAAUUCAAGUUAUAUCUGAAAUAAAGGAACAAGGUGAUAUUCUUAAACAAGAGAACAUUGAUACUGUAAAUGAUUUGGAAGAGAAGAAAUCAAAGAUAAGUCAGCUUGAACUAGACUUAGUAAAUUUAAGAAAGAGUGUGGAAGAGUAUAAAACAAAAUUAUCACAUCUAAAACAAACAUACAAUACAACAGUAGAAGCCACAAACAAAGAUAUCCAAGUGCUGCAAGCUGACAAUCAAUCAUUGAACAAUGAACUAACAACACAUAAAAUUAAAUUGGAGGAAAAAGUCCACUCUUUGAAGGAAAAACUCAUUGAUAAUGAAAAUUUAACUGACAAACUGAAGAAAACUUAUGAAUGCCAAAUAGAUAACUUAAACUUGAUGAUAACAAAACUGAGUAACUAUCUAAAAGAAAAAACGACAGAAUUAGAAGGGGCAAGGAAAGAGAUUGAACAACUGCAAAUAAAUGUUGAAGAAAAAACUAAAACAAUCAAAUGCCUUGAAGAAGAAGUGAAAGUAGAAAAACAUAAUCAAGAGAAGUUAAUCGGCGAUUUUGAGUCUGAAAGGCUAGUUCUCAAGAAUAUGGUUACAGUGACAGAAUCAAUUAUGGAAGAUCAAAAAGUCAGCUCACAUAAAUCCAUUACAAUUUACGAAAAAACGAUUGAAUCAUUGAAUCAGGAAAUUGAGCUUCUAAAAUCUCAAAUUGAGACUGAGAAAGGAAAUGCUUUUACAAGUUUGCAAGAAAAGGAAUUUGCUUUAGAGUGUAUUGUUGCGGAUUUGCAUAAGGAAAGAAAUCAAAAAGAGACAAUUGAAAGUGAGCUGAAUGCACAAAUUAAAUUACUAAACGAAAAAAAAUCCAAUAUCACUACAGAACUCAAAUCAAAGAAUACAGAAUUGCAAGGCUUACUUAUUCUCAAUAAGCAAUUAUGUGAAGAACUAGAUUCAUAUAAAAGUGUCAUAGCAAUGAGAGAGGCUGAAAAUACAAAACUUAAAGUCACAUUUGAGGAACUUAAACAAGACCUCAAGGCACAGUAUGAAGAUAAAAGCAAAAUUGAGAAUUUACUUCUGGAAAAAAUAAAAUGUCAUGACGAGUUUAUAAAUCAGAUAACUACUUUGGAAAACGAUAAAGAAGAAUUGAUGGUAGAGCGUGAUAAUUUAAAGAGAGAUUUGAAGGAAGUUUCUGACAAAGUAAUAAUGAAUGAGGAAAACGAACAGAAACUCAUUGAUCUUAUGAAGGAGAAAACGAAACUCAUUAAUAUUUUAGAGGAAAAAUAUGCAGAAAUAACACGAUUAGAAUCUCUAUUAAAAACUGAACAUAAAGAUAAUAAAAGUCUCCAAGAUUCUCUGGAUAGCGAAAAAUUAAAUAAUACGAACAAAUGUUCCCUGCUCCAAGAAGAGGGAUUCAAGAAGGAAAAAGAGAUUGAGUUACUGAAAACAAAACUUAUGUCAGUCUUAAGAGAUAAAGAAGAAUGUAUUUCAAAACUAACUGAAGAAAAGGACGCUGUUAUUAAUGAACUAAAUAAACAACUGACUCAAGAAAGAGAUUAUAAACAGAAGAGUUUAAAAGAGAUUUACGACAUGACAAUGGAAAUAUCUGAACUUAGAAAUAAAUUACUUGAGAUGCAACAUGAGUCAGACACAGUAAAAAUGCUUAGAAAAGAAAAUGAAGAGCUGUUUAAGUUGGUGGGACAAAGAGAGACAUUUGCUGUCAGUCAAGAAAAAUCGAAAGAACCCGCCAAACAAUACGAAUACCUAGAAAAGGAGCAACGCCACAAUCAGGUAGAUAGUAAUUCUUCUGACACUCAAUCUUCAUUGGAAAGUUACAAAACUAUUGCAGACCUAGAGCGAAUUUUGCAAGACAAAUGUCGGGCCAUAACGGCAUUGAACACUGACAUCACAUUCCUGAAGUCCCUCGUUGCUGAAUCCGAGAACAAACUGCUCGAUGUCUCCAAGGAUCUUGAGAUGAGUAAAGAGAAUUGUCAACAAUUAUCAAGUCAGCUGAAGAAGAUCGUACAUCAAAAGAACGAAGAGAUUGCCGAAUUAAAGAAACAAGUGUCAAAAAUGAGUGCGACAGAAACACGGGCAACGCAAAUUAUCAAGCUUUCUGCGAAAUAUCAAGCAAUGAUACUUAAGAGGGUUGCCGAAAUUAAAAAUAAUACUGUGCUCAAAGAACUCACCAACUUUGGUAAUUCUAAUACUGAUGGUGAAUUAAAAAGAAACUUUAAUGCAGGCUCUAUUACUAUGGACGAGUUGGAAAACUUCUUAGAUACAACUGACAGGCACUUGAGACGGUGUGCUGAGAAACAGAUGACAUGGCAGAAAGAGAGAGAUAGAUUGUGUGAAGUAAACCGAAUUAACGAAUCCGAAAUUAUCAACAUGAGGAAGUUCUUAACAGAGCUCUCAGUCAGUGUCAAAACAUUUAAUUCAGUGAGAGAUUUGUAUUCUCAGAAAUUGAGCAAAGUGGUGUCCUUACAGAGGACAUCUAGGCGAGAAAUACUUAACUUGGAUGGCGUCGUAACUGAUGCAGCUAUGUGUAAGUUAGAACGUGGCUAUGCAGCGGUCAUUCAGGACCUAUCUGAGUGUGUAAUGAACUUGGAGCGUUGGGUAGAACGAUCCAUAAGUCGGACAAUAUCUUCGGAGAAGAUAAAACAAGCAUUCACAAGUGAAACUGACCGUGCUUCUCUAGCAUCAGCAAGCUUCCAGAACACAAGUCUAGAAAUACAGCUUGAAGAGCUAGAGAAUUCGUUCAAGAAACUUUUAGUAGAAGUCGGACAAGCACAGAAGGGAGAGGGUGCCAGGGACACACAGGCGGUCACAGUGAUGGAAGUUCGAGCAGAGUACGAAGACAAGUUGAACCGGAUGAAAGCUCAAAUGAAACAACUUUUCCACGAGCAAAUUUCGGUGUUCAAAGAUAAGCAAAAGGAAGAGAUAGCGAGUUUGGAGCGUGAAUUGUUGGAAUGUAAGAAGAAACUGAAAGAGUCGAGUCAAGCUUAUGAGGAUCACAUCCGGGCAUUAACAACUGAGCUGUGGAAUGUUGGGGAGAAGUUCCUGGUUCAGAAAGGAGAAGCAGAGUGGCUGAAAAAAUCUCAGCGUUCGGGCUCCUUGAUGUCUUUGCAGCAUGUCCACUCGGGAGGUCUUGUGGCUCCAUCGGAGGAGUCACACAGACAAUCCGACACCCACUCGCUGAGGUCACUGCCUGUUCACAGCCACAACAACAAGGGCAAAGAGAACCGCGGCGUGCACAUGUCGGACGAGGAGGGUGAGGUGUUCGACAACCGCUACCUGCGCGAGCUGGCGAGUACUCCGCGAGGGCCGGACGCGCCGCAGAGACUGUCGGAGCUGCGCUGGCGCAACUCGCUGUGUCCGCCGCACCUCAAGAGCUCCUACCCCGCGGAGACGCAGUUCGCCGCGCUGCGGGAGGAGGACAUUAAGUGCGCCGGUGCUGCAUCCCUAGUACUACGUCCUCAGCGGAAGGAGGUCGGCAUCACCGCGUACAAGAAGCCGGGCCCGCCAACGCCCAGUAAACAAGCCGGCAGACUGUCAGCCACUGAUUCGGAGCUACGCGAGUCGCUGCGGGUGGAGGCGGAGCCGACUGCGUGUUCACGUAAGACGAGCACGCCAUCACGACUGCGGGCUCUGUUCCGGACGGGGCGACCCGACGAGGGAACACCCCGCAGCAGAAGACUCAGCAAUCUGUUCAGGAAGAAAUAAAUGAUUUGUGACUUUGACCCGCCGAAUAAUGAUAUUAACAAUAAUUUUAUUAAUUUAUUUUUUAUGUAAUGGUUUUAAUAAAACACAGUCCACCGUUAA